UUCUCUAUAAUCCUUCUGUGUCUCAUUCUCUCUCUAAACUACUUGAGUUUCUGAGAAUAGUUUGCUGCUCAAUGGCUCAAGCAAGCAGCUUCAUUCCAAAUACUUUCCUCCUCAUGCCGACUUCCAAGCCCCACCACCUCCGAAAUAUCAUAGUUUGUGCUACGCCAAAGAGACCGGUGCUCAGAUCUAAACCUCCGCAAACCAAUCGGAUACUACACACUUCCGGGGAGGAGAAAAUGAAGAAUGAGAAGGUGAGUACCAGGAAAGAGAAGAACAAAAGUGAAGCAGCUGAUGAACACUACGCUGAAAAAUGAGGCCAUGACUGUGUAGUAUUUGGGGAGGGAAGUAACCCUGGUGUGAUCACGAGAGUCUUUUUGUUAACUCAAGAAGUGUAAUCCGUCACCUCAAUACUAUCAUAGUUGAACACUAAAUUGGAUUACUCUCUUGGGUCAAACUCUGGUUUGAAGAAUGUGCUAUGUUUUUUUUUAAGUCCUGGCUAUGUUGAUUAUGUAUAGAUGUUUAUUGGAUGUUUAGUGUGUUUGGUGUGCUUAAUGUCAAUAUAAACCUCCCUUUCCGUUUCUAGCAUGUAUUAAUAACACUUCCCUAAAUUUUCGAGUUAUCGUACAUUGAAUUGUCCUUUUGGUCUUUGUUAAUUAUAGCAAUUUAUUGGUUGAUUAGUAUGAU